CAAACAACAAACCAAUGCUUGUAAAGCGGUUGAAGCGAAAUGAUGGAAACGAUGUUAACGACGAUGCUGUAAGUAACGAAGGAGACGAUGAAAACUACAUGGAUGAUAUAGACAAAAUGAUGAUGGGUGACGUUAAUGCAAAGAACGAAACUAGAGACGUGAAUAGAUUGGAACAUCCUAAUUUUUGAAGAUGUUGAGAUAUCAUCAAAGAUAAAAAAUGACCCCAAAAAUCAUCUGUUUCGUUACUUUAGAAUUCAGACUUAAGAGGGCAUAUACGUUUAAUGAAUUGCAUUUUUAUGAAUUUUUUUUUGAGACAAGUGGACAAACAAUAAAAAUAGUACUCUAAAUACUUUUUGCAUAAUAAAGUACACUUUUUGUAGUUUCAUACAAAUAUCACAAUGAUUUUGUUGAAAAUUCUUCUCCCCCUUUACCGUGUAGUCAGCCGUGCAUAAUUCCGCGAUUGUGCACAGUCGUGUAUAAUUCGUCAAUAAUUUCUUUUUUUCUGUUUAAUUGAAAUGCAAAAACCAAACGGCAUUUUAAAAAAGAAUUUUAUUUGUGUAAGAAAUUUUUUUUGUAUCCGAUUUGUUAAAUUUAAAUUAAAAAAAUGUUUUUUAAAUAAAAAUAAAAUUUUCGCAAGAAAUCGGCACUUUAAAGGAUCGCCAUUUUGUUAAAAAUUUGAAUGUUAAAAAUUGGAUUUGACGGCAAAGAAAUUUACUUUUUUUUAAGAUGCCGUUUUCAUUUUUGUGUUUUAGAUGAACGGGCACAGAGAAAUUAUUAUUAUUGCGUGCAACGGCUGAAUCAUACACAGCUGAUUACACGACAAUGGAGAGGGGGAUUUUACAACAAAAUUAUUUGCCAUAUAACAAACCUGUAACGAACCACACUCGUCGGGCGACCAACGACCGCGAUUGGCCCGGUCGACCAGCCGCCGGACCGCAAUACGGGCAUCGGCCUGUGAUAGAACCCCUAUAAAAUCGGCGAGACAACGACGGUUUUGACGACUUGCCAGCAUCCCGACCGCUAAGAUACGGAGAUCGAAGGAACCCGAAGACUUACGGGGAUCCCCGAGCCUCCACCCGAGCGGGUAUAAAAGGCCGCUCCGGUGGAGGCACCGAGCAUUUCUCAAUCCACUAGCAUCCGGCACACCGAUCCCCCGAUACCAAGAGAAGACCUUUUGAACGACUAGUAGGAUAGAGAGUUCUCCGCCUUUGCCGACGGUUCUCGGCAUCGUUCGACUACAUUCUUAUCCCGAGCUAGCAAGCAAAGGAUAAAGAGUUCUUUGCCUUCACCGAGAGUUCUCGGUCGCUGCUCCACUCCUUAAAAACGGACGGACUAUCGAGGUGGAGAGUUCUCCGUCUCUCUCGAUUUUUGGGAGUCCGCAUAACGUUUCCAAACGCCUGUCAUAGCCAGCAGACGAAAUUCAUUCUCCGCGCACCGUCUACCUAAACACGGGCUACCACCGUCCAAUCGCGCCAGCCUCGAGCUCGAGCGCCCCGUCGUGCAGCCUACCACCGUAGCGUCUCGCGUUCUUCGAACACUACGGAACGCAUCGUGCGAUACAAACAGCUGAUCAACCAGCCAAAAGAACGCGUGGAAACACAAAACGUGUAUAUAGUAUGUACAUAAUGUAAAACAGCUUUAGUAUUAAAAUAUAUAGUAUUAAAUUCAAAACUCGAUUUUUGUUGUCUCAAAAACCUCUUUCUGCCCUGGCGCCGAAAAGAAAACCGACGAGUCUGUGCGGAAAACAAGGUUGUUACAUUGGCGCCCGAACAGGGACCGGGAAAAAUCGUGCCGUGAGACAGCAGAACCGCCGCGCCGCGAUACCACAAUCCAAUGCCUAAACAGUGGAUAUAUUUAGCGUUAAAAGACAAAUUAAAAGAUACGCUUGCGAAACUCGGACUAGAGACGCACGGUACUCUGGAUGAAUUACGACACCGCCUAAACGUUUUCGUGACACAACACCCGGAGAAAUUCACCAAUAUGUCCACACCGUCGGGAACUGACGGACAUACCCUAAGUCGCAAUAACACCCCCCGAGGAGGAAUUCUCCGUAGAAUCGCCGGCGAAAAUCAUGAAUCAGAUUUGGAAGUGGGGAUGCCAUUUUGACGGCAAGGAUCCGAUGUUUUUUCUUGAGAGAAUCGACGAAUUAAAAACGGAGUACGGUUACAACGACCGUCAGCUACUGCGAGGGCUCCUCGAACUAUUAAAGAGAGAUGCAUUAUUAUGGUUUCGGAAUAACCGACAGAAUUGGAAAAAAGAAUUUCGUGAGCGAAUUUCGUGAAUAUUAUCUACUGCGCCGAUACUUGACCCAGCUACGACACGAAAUUCAAUCUCGAUUGCAAAAAUCCGGAGAGAGAUAUCGGAAGUACGCCACAGGGGUCUUGACAAUGAUGCCACGGUCGCGGGGCGGGGGGGGGUACACGGUCGCCGACCAGCUCGAUACCCUCUACGAAAACAUGGAACCACGUUACAAGCUAUACGUGCGUCGCGACGAUACAACCCGCGUAAACGACCUGCUACGGCACGCGGAGGAUUACGAGGCGUUUGACGAACAAUACCGAGCGCGACAGGCCACAUCCAAGAGUACCGUUGCCGCUGCCGCGUACGAUAAAACCGAAUGUUGCUGGCGUUGUAAGCAGCGGGGGCACCCUCGACUGUCGAAGAAUUCCGAAGAAGUUCUGCUCGCAGUGUGGCCGGGACGGCGUUUAUAUACGCGAUUGUCACCCCCCGCCGAGAAAUGCCAUCGGGGUCGAGGGAAGCGCGGUCGCACCCUGCCCUUCCAAAUAAUUUAUAACCCGCGACCGCACCUGCCAAUUAGAAUACGCGGCCUGCCGUUCCUCGCGCUCUUGGACAUCGGGUCCGAGGCGCUUAUAAGUUCCCAUACCGCUGCACAGUGGGCUAGGAGACCAGAAAAAGUGGCCAAAAGUCGAUUCCAGAAAUAAGGUCACACAAAUGUCCUGUCUUAAUCUUCAUAGUCGAAAGUAGUUAUUUUGAAAAUUUCAUUCGAUUUGAUCGGUUGCUUUAUAUUUGACAACAAUAUAAACUUUUAAAAUCAUGGAUGCAAUCGAAAAUUUUACUUUUCAAAUAUUUUAUUAACAUUGUUGUAUUUCAGUAAACAAAAAAUCUUUUAUUGCUUCUCAUUCAUUAUUAUAUGUAGACAAAUCAUUAUAAUGGAGUUCAAAGUAAAUAGUGCUUUACUUUAGAAGCGAGAUUUUAGAGAAAA